UCUUCAAGGUCGGUGUAGUGGUAGCGGCUAGCGCCAGCGGGUGCUCUUCAGUUGUUUACUUGAUUACGUUGCCUUAACUUAUAGACGUCCUCCUCUUUCCGGUGUAAGUUUUCUUCGGAUCAUUUGAGGAAGUGAACAAUACAUACAAGUUAACAGUUUGUGUACUUGAUGAAAAUCUCUUUUGAGGAGUAUUCAGGUUAUCUCGACAUCCCAGGUAAUUGACAUUCAGUGAGAUGAAGCCGGAGUUGGACGCUGUACGGAGAUCCAGUUAAGGGGGACAGUGUUGGAGUGAAGAGACUUUUAUUGUGCCAUUGAACAUGCCCAUAUGUACUGUCUGAAGACUGUGCCUACUUCAAGUGGAAGCCUGGGAGACGAACUCUCCGAUAUCAAUUAUAAUAUCAAUCAUGAGCUGUAAAACGCUGUCACUGUCCGCAAAUUUUGCUGCUUUGUCCAGAGUUACUUCAAUCAUUUCUCGGGCCAUUGGGUCUUCAACAGCCAUAAGGCAACAAGUGGCUGGAGCAGUGAGCAAGUCAGAGGACAGGGCACCAUUACCGUCAAGUAGUGCAGUAAGGCCAUUUUCUGAGAUCCCAGGCCCUAAAAUAUAUCCUUUCGUCGGCAGCCUCUUCUCGAUGAUUUUCCACAAAGAAUUCGACAAGAAACGAAUCCACAAGAUAUUUCAAAGCCUGGUAGAUGACUAUGGACCUAUCGUAAGAUUCGAAAGUCCCACGUAUCCUCCAGGGGUUCUUCUGACUGACCCCAGAGACUGUGAGACAGUCGUGCGAGCUACCAUGGAGAACCCCAUCCGCGAGGGAUUCUUUUCCCUCCGUAAUAUAAGAGUAACGAAUGACAAGUAUUUCGAAGGCAGUUGUGGUAUACUGGUCGAAAAUAAUGAGCAGUGGAAAAAAUUAAGAAGUCGAUUUCAAACACCUAUGAUGAAAGCAAAAAAUGUCACCCAUUAUUUGGAUGAAAUGGAUCAAGUGACGCUAGAUUUCAUGGACAGAAUUGCUGCUCUGCAAAAGGAACACGGUGAAAUGCCACAUGACUUCCAGUUUGAACUUUACAAAUGGGCGUUAGAAUCUAUUGGCCUUGUUGCCUUGAAUCGACGAUUAGGCUGUCUAGAUCCCAACAUCUCCAGUGACUCUGAGCCCAUGAAGAUGAUCAGGUACAUCAACGAACUUUUCGACUUACUAAACGAGUGCGAGCACGGAAUACAGUUCUGGAGGAUUUAUCCAACUGCCAGCUACAAAAAGUUAGAGAAAUGUCACGAAGAAUUUUUAAGGAUUGCAGAUCAAAACAUCUGCCAGACUGAAGCUGAGCUCUUGUCAAAGACUAGGACUGACGAAGAAGAGAACCUCACUCUCAUGGAGAAAUUGCUGCUGACACCAGGAUUAUCACGGAAGAACGUCGUGACCCUCAUUUUAGAUAUGCUUUUCGCUGGAGUUGACACGACGUCACACACCAUAGGAUUUACCCUUUAUCUCCUGGCCAAGAAUCCUGAUUGCCAAGCCAAGUUGCAAGAGGAAAUGGACAGUGUUAUCGGAGAUUACGACGGUCCUCUCACUACAAAACACAUCGCCCAGUUGUCUUAUCUGAAGGCAGUUGUCAAGGAAUCGUUAAGAGUUUUUCCCUUGACCACGGGUACGGUGAGAACGCUGGAGAAGGACCUGGUACUCAGUGGAUAUCAAGUGCCUAAAGGAUGGGCAGCUAUUUUGUUUGGCAUGAAGAUGGGCCAUGACGAACGAAACUUCCCUCGUUCAAGUGAAUUUCUACCCGAGAGAUUCCUGAGGCACAAGCCUUUGGGGCCCAUCCAUCCCUAUGCGACCUUUCCCUUCGGCGUUGGAACGCGAAUGUGCAUCGGGAGACGAAUUGCAGAGCAAGAACUCUACAUAUUUCUCGCAAGGGUGAUGCACAGAUAUUCGGUCUCUUACCAGUACGAAGACAUUGACAUCAUCAGCCGAUUAGUUCACGUCCCCUCCCAACCUCUGCGCUUUUCUUUCAGUGAGAGACGGAGUCGCUGAAGCCAAACUUGCAUUUUAAAGCAACUCGAACAUUGUCUUGACACUGCUCCAGACGUCACUUGUUUUGGUUAACUAUUUCAUGUGUUACGUGAAAAGAAAUGACCAAAGACGUUAAAUCGGUAUAUCUUUCAACUUAUCUCGAGUGUGAACCUAGAAUAAAAGUAUAUAAGUAAUAUGUUAAUGAAUAAAGCAUAAAAUAAUGCAGCUAACUACACACAUGCGUACGUUAGAUAUUUUGGAAGUACUUUAUCAAAAAUAUGUACUUCAUACACGUCUACGACACAAGAAACAUGUUCGACGCGUCAGACCCUCUUCCCAUAGAUACUGUGCUUGAAAUUAGUAACGCUCAGAUGAUACAGUUCAGUGAUCGAGCCAGGCUUUGCAAAUCCCUUCCUAUUUUAUUUGUUAUUGCAUCUUUUAACCUUUCUUACUUGGCGCGGCAGAAUGUCGUUUCCUUGUGGUUAAGCCAGGCCUUUCCUUUUUUUUUUUUUUUUUUUUUUAACCUUGACCAUGAGCUUGCCUACUUUUUUUACCUUUGCUAACCGUUUCAUCACAUAACUAAUGUUUUUAGAUUUCAUUUAAAUAGUGUACAAAUUUUUUCUUUCCUUCAUUUAUAAAAUCCACAUUUCAUUACAAUAGAAGAAAAAUGACUCAAUGUGUAGAGGAGACCGGGGCUAGUUGGCUACAGGGGUAAGUUGGCACACUCAAAAUAACUUUAAAGCUUACCAAUAGAUGACUCUAAUACAUAUACUGUGUAAUUGCAACGUGGUUCCUCAAUUACCAGCAAAAUUCUAUAGAGAUAGAACGUAGGAUCUCGAAUUUAUGAGAAAAAGUUUUAUUUUGAUUGUAGUAAGUAAAUUUUUUUUAUUUUUCUGUUAUUUGCUAUAACAUCUAUACAUUCAUAAAGAUUAUUUUUUAAUUAUAGCAUAGUUUUCCGUAUGGUUUAAAGAUCCUAUACCAUUAAAAUUAAUCAUUCAAAGCUUCUUGGUGUGGGCUGGUAAGUGUUUUUGUACCAAAUAGUAGGGAUGGGGCAAGUUGGCUCAAAAUAAAUGGGGAAGUUGGCACACGUUAUUUAAUAACAAUAGUAAGCCUAUUUAUUUAUAUAAUUUACGUUUUGUUUCUGGAUUUUUGGACGGAUAAUGAGAUUAGUGUCCUAUCAUUUCUUCCACAUUGCUCUCACAAGUUGCAGCCCCUGGAUUUUAGUGUUUAUAGUGAUUCGUGGAUGACUUGUAAUCCAGGAUCAACUAUGCCCAUCUGUGACAUUCCUGGUAAAGUUUCCUCGGCUUUACCUUACCCCUAGCUGUCACUUAUUCUGAUGUUUUCAAUGGGUUUAGGGUUGAUGGAAUCUCACCUUUGAAUACAGACUAUUUCAAGAUUUUGAUUUUACCGGUGCGUAUGUAACAGAUUGAGAGAUGUCCGAAUAGACACAUGGGCUUCAGAUCAGUCAUCUGCGUGAUAGAGUUUAAGAACUGCUCCUGUUGCUUCAGAAGAAAGCUCAGCUGAAGACAGCCUGUGUUUGGUAACCAAGCCAGGAGAAAUGUGGGUCCAGUGCAGGGCAUGUAAAAUUGAUGAAGAGUUAUUUGACACCUGCCACAAUUACAACUAGAUGAUGAUCCGAAGUAAUACUAAUGCCUUAUAUUUUGUAUUUAGGAAAUUCAGGGGGUAUUUUUGCUAUUUGAUUUAAAUGCAAUGUAGUGAUUUUCUUUUAAUUAUCAAUAUGCCAACUUACCCCAUAAUGUGUUGGCACGAAAAAGUUAGCAUGGGAUGGAGUAGUAGUAGUUGCUGCCCACUCUGUGGGUCGGCUCCCCUCUUGUGGGGAUUUUGUAGUGGGAGAUUUCUAUUGGCAAGCGGUUCGUGGUAGUGGUCUCACUCGCCAUAGUGUUCAUACCGACACCCUCUUGGAGGGUGAGCGAGUCAGUAGUACUGACCUUUUCUUUAUUUUAUUUAUUCUCUGGUAUGUGUUAGUACAUUUACCUUAGAAAUAAUGGAUUAAAGGAUAUUUCGCGCAGCGACACGAACUGAGCCCAGAAAUAGAUUUUUCCUUACGUCAAAAUCCCAUUUUGCUAUAUGAUAAAGACGAAUGUUAAUAUUUUUUAAUGGUGAUAAGAAUUUUGCAAAAAUGUUUGUUUUCUAUUCGCAAUGACCAAAAUUAUCAAAAGUGUGCCAACUAGCUCCGGUCUCCCCUACUAUACCUACCCAUUGUAGACAGGCUUUUGCUUAGGCAGAUUUCAUUGAGAACCAGUACUCACGUAACAGUGGGACAGAAAGUACUUCUUAAAAGAAAAUAAAAUUAUAGGGAGAGGGAAAUUGCAGGAUAAAUAUAAGGGAAAUGAAUGGGUUAUCGAGGAGUGCUGGAUGAUGGAUGUGGUCUGUUCAAAAUUAGGUCGGUUGGGUAUGAAAAUAAGGUUAUACACAGAUCUAAUGUUAGGCCUAUCAGUAUAAAAGAUGAUAAUGAAAGGAUGAACGGAGAGGAUAGACAGUCAGAUGAUGAUUUCACAGUGCCUCAUGUGGAAAAGGUGCUGGGAAAUGGUGGAUGUGGAUGAACAAUCAGAUGAUAAGUAGUAUCAGUAGUGCCAGUUAUGGAAGAGGUUCUGACGAGGUUUGGCAUUAGUUCUUCACAAACAACUAAUGCAGAGACUGAAAAAAUGCCGACCAUUGUAGGUAAUUAUGUAUACAUACAAUCAGUUAGGUUAAAGAGGUCUGAAAGGUUUUAAGCAUAUUUUUUUUCCUUUCUCCAGCAAAUAACUAUUAAGAAACUUCUGCUGAUGCAUAGAAACGGUUAUACUAUGUUGAUUAGGUGGUUCAUGUUCCUCUGUAUUUCUAUGCAUAUAAUAACGAGUUGGUCAAUCUCGUUAUUCUAAAAGGUAGCGAUGGGCCAAGAGCGGCAGACAACUGGUAAUUGGUAACACUCUCUCUCUCUCUCUCUCUCCUCUCUCUCUCUCUCUCUAUCAUCCCAGGUCACCAAAUCAGAGUCAUGAAUUACAAAAAUAUGCAUUUAUUUAAAAGCAAAGUAUUAACUGAAUAACUCAGAUUCUUAACAGAAUAAGUAAAUGAAAUGUUAAACCCAAAGUCCAAAUAACUCAGAUAACCCACGGUAAUUAAUCAACACCAACAUUAGUUUAGCCAUAACACCAGGCACAGUCAACAUAGUAAUCAAGUCAGUACACCAUUUCCCCAAUGAACAAUCCCCACUCUUCUCCAGAAACAUUUCCCCUCGUCCAGAAAUGCCUGUUAGAAGACAGGAGAACACUCUGGUAAGCACAAGAUCAUAAUCAAAGAUCAUAUAAACAGAACAUCUCUGAAAUAAAGAUUCAAAUACAAUCCACCCACACUUUGGCCAAUAUAGACAUAAUAAUAAUCACCCAUUCAGCCAGUAUGCACUGUCACUUAACAAAGCCACUGUUUGCAGAAGCCAUCCUGGCCCUGCCUUCUCUCUGUAAUAGUCUUCCCUUCAUUGCAAUACAACACUCAUAUGUAGGGGGAAAAGCGCACACAUAAGCAUGAACCCACACUCAAUGCCCACGAUGUUCACGCCCCCAAACUGCUUAAGACCAGUUUCAAAGUCACCUCUACAUCAAGCUCUCAUAGCGACAGGACGAGGCACUGAUUUGCUUAGACCGCACUCUUGAUCACACUACCUCAAAGAAAGAUGCAUUAGCAUUCCUAAGCUGUCACACGAACACUCUGUCUCCAGGGAAGUUAAAUUGCUGAUUCUCUACAUUCUAAGAAACAUCACUGCAUAUCACAGGGUACGCUGAGGGCAUCGUUGCAAUGUGUAGCUUAUGCAUGAUAAAUUAGCAAGAGGGUUACCGUCAGUCCAUAUAUCCAUAUAACCAUGGUUAAGCCUGACAAUUUUUUCCCACUACUAGUGAAAAAUGCAAAGAGUAUCAUGAGGCCUAUAUCCAGGCCUGCUGCAGUUUUAAGUGUUAAUGAAAUGUCAAACUGUAAUUUACAUUGUUAUCAGUAAGUUCUCAAACCUGGUAUGGAGAGGACUCAGUUGAAUUUGAUCUACCAGAACACUUAAAGGUAGCAUUCUUCAAUUUUACCAUAAUCAUUUUUACCCAAAAUUAUAGUUCAAAUUCAUACUACGUUACAGUUUUAAAAGUAAAUUUUACCAACUAGCUAGUCUACCAGGGUUGAUCAUCACAUAACCAAAGGUAGCCUACCAUAGCCUAACCUUAGCUUAGCAAAUGGAACCUAACUUGGCAUAACCUUCAGGAAUGCUAAUUUUCUGUGUCCCCCUUCACAGACCAUGUAAUACAGCUCAAGUCUUGGCUAGCUAUGAAAGUCUAAAUUAUUCUUACAGGCUAGUAUAACUUAGACAGACUGCACAAUGUAAAUAAGCAUGUUGAAUCAUAGGUCAGUAUGAUUGUGACAUGUUACGUAGCAUUUAUGUGGUUACUAUGUGUCUGCAGACUACUGCACAUAGUAAAUAGUAAAUUAAUAUUUUGCCAUGUUAUUUCCCUUACAAUAUUCACCUGCCUUUCUAUUAGAUUCCGCAUUAACUCGCGUUUUAUUUUUCAACAAAUCUCCUCAACGGAGCCCAUCUAUUCAUAAUAGAAGCCUUUUCAGAAUUGUUUGAUUUUUAUUUUUCUUUAUUGAAACAAAUACUUUUAUGCACGGUAUUGUUUAGUUUUUUGUCAAGAAAUGAUUACAUUUCUCAUUAUUAAGACAAAUAUACUUAAAAUUUAUAAAAACUUUGUAUUUUCAAUAAUUUAUCUUAUGUGGUAUUGGAAUUUUUGAAAUAAAAAAAAAGUUAGAUUUUUUGUUUUUUAUUUUGAAAAUCAAAACAUAUUUAUAUUUCAAAAUAGAUAUUAAUUAGUGUCACAACUGGAGACUGGGUGUUUUCGGUAUAUCAUUAAUAAUUAUCAUGAGUCAUUGGGCAAAGCUAUUUAGUAUUUCAAGAAAUGCAUUCCUACUAAAAAAUCCAAAUCCAUUGUUUAAAUUUUCCAGAUGACACCAAAUUUGGCAGUGUAACUCAUUGAAAAUUAGAUAUUCCUUGAUAUUCUUACGAUUAAAUACCAGUAAAAAUUAA